AUGACAUCCGUUGAGCGAGUUGGCGACGACACAUACAAUGGCGUGCGCAAACCAGCAUAUAACAUACUCGCAUAUACGUGGGGUCGCUGGGCGCUUCCAUGCGGGCCUGCUCUCGAAAUCCAUAAUGUGAGGUGGGCAAUUCCGCCCAUCGACUCUGCGCGAUUUACCGUUGCCCAGUUUCAAAGGGUGCUCGGGGUGGUGAGCAAGGGCGUGGAAUUUGUCUGGGUCGACAUCGCUUGCAUUGAUCAAGAAGACUACAAGAUGAAAAUGGAAGAGAUCGGACGCCAAGGAGGCAUUUUCAACAACGCGAGGACAGCAUUCAUCUGGCUACACGGCACUAGCGGCGAUGAUUUGCAGAAGAUUUGCAACGAGCUCUUCCAACUUACUGAUAAGCUAGACGGGGACGAGACUUUUACCGUGGACUUGGAAGAGUAUGGAUAUGGUAGCAUAGAUGUGCACUACGAGCCCGACGAUGCUGGCUCCGAUAUCUCGGUCGGCCACAAGACCUUUCUUCCGCACUGCCUCCAGGAUCCUAAAAUGCUCGAGGAUAUUCAAAGAGUGCUCACGCACUUGACAUACGAUGCGUGGUUUUCGUCCCUUUGGACUUUACAGGAAGCCUUUCUUCGGACUGAGGCCAUAUUGCUCUCGCGCGAAGGAACGCAAGUAACCAGGCGCGGAUAUGAAAAUGUUGCACUGGUAAACCUAAUCAUAUGCAUGGGAGAGUUCGAGCACUAUGUUGGGAAGGUUUUAAGCAAGCAGGGUACCAAGGAGCAUGGUGAUUCGGCAACUCUCGCCUCGUCGCUAAAGGCGAUCGAUUCCGUCCUCCAAAAGAUAGGCCUGGGGGCAUGGGAGAACCCAAACACCAUCUACCACUCCGCUAAGUUCAGGACGGCGACAGACCCGCUGGAUCGUGUAUAUGGUAUUAUGCAGGUCUUCGGGUUCCGUCUCGGAGCAACAAACGAUCCGUCCAGCUCCUUUACUCUUGACGAACUGGAAAGCCAGUUCGCCUUGGAAAUCAACGCGAUCUCGCCGAUUUGGGCCCAGCUUUUUGUUCAUUCACGUCAAGCGCCUAAGGGGAAAUGCUGGCGUAUUAGCCAAGACUCUCGCAUCCCCCCACAGUCUUCGAUUUGCAGACGUGAUUCCCGCCAGCAUGUGCUCGGUCAAGCUGAAUUCUUCGGGUCGCCCUGAAUUCGCAGGCUUGACAAGCCCUUUGGGACGGCUCGCAGAUCUAUGGCUCUGACUGCUGCGCGCAACGAAGGUUACCACUUCUGGGGAGUUGAGGGGGCUAGUCAUUACAUUGCCCUGGACGAAACACAUUUCUCAAAUGAAUAUGUGCCGGAGCCGCUACGCGACAUUUCACCAGAAGACUAUGACAGCAACAAUGCACUUUGCAAGCUGUUACUUGAG